GCCGAUAUGCUCGAUCGCCGCUUUCCAGGGCAAGUUCUACUUCAAUGGUGACUUCGAAAGCAUCGGCGUGCUGGAGUUCUCCCCCGAGCCAACAUUCAGCUCCAUCACAAUCACCGACCCCAUCAUCGGAGGAUUAGGGGUGGUGGGCAUGGCAAACGUGUACCUGGUGGAGUCCUUGGAUGAACUUUACAUGGUCUGCCAAAUGUAUGACUCUGAAAUGGAGACCAUCUACGAUGUCACUGUUUAUAGGAUGGAUUUCUCGAAGCAGCAAUGGUGCGUAGCCGAGGACAUUGGUGGCCGUGCGUUCUUGACAGCUUCAUGCUAUUUUGGUGCUUCACGGUCGGCUGAUGAGUAUGGGUUGGAGAAGGAUUGUGUCUACGCUAUUUUUGCGCGUGAUAAGUAUUACGAGGUAUCCAAGGUGGAAGAUGGAGAAACCGAGGAGCACGAGCUCAUCGAAGCUCCAGAUUCGAAAGGAGGGACGUGGAUUUUGCCCGUUGAAUAAAGUAGAGAUGAAAAUUGUCCAAAUCAGUAAGAAAUGACGUCGUCUCUAUGGAAACAGAGCUGAUAGAUAUUAGAAUGUAAGUCAAAAUUUAUAUACGGCUAGAAUAAAAAACUUGGUAAGUUGGGAAUUUGUGCCACCGUUUCAACUUUCAACCCCGUUGAAAGAUUGUAAAUGUUUUUCUUUUCAGUAUAGCUAUUG